UCUACAGUAACACCAACGUCUACUGUGUCAUCUACAGUGACACCAACCUCCACUACUUUGUCAUCUUCAGUGACACCAAGCACAACUUUGUCAUCUACACCAACCUCCACUUUGUCAUCUACAGUGACACCAACGUCUACUGUGUCACCAACCUCUACUCUGUCAUCUACAGUAACACCAACCUCUACUGUGUCAACUCUGUCAUCUACAGUAACACCAACUUCUACUGUGUCAUCUACAGUGACACCAACCUCCACUUUGUCAUCGCUGUCAUCUACAGUAACACCAACCUCCACUCUGUCAUCUACAGUAACACCAACCUCUACUGUGUCAUCUACAAUGACACCAACCUCCACUUUGUCAUCUUCAGUGACACCAAGCACCACUGUGUCUUCAACAGUGACACCAACCUCCACUUUUUUAUCGUCAGUGACACCAACCCCCACUGUGUCAUCUACAGUGACACCAACCUCCACUCUGUCAUCUACAGUAACACCAACCUCUACUGUGUCAUCUACAACACCAAGCACCACUUUGUCAUCUACAGUAACACCAACCUCCACUUUGUCAUCUACAGUGACACCAACCUCCACUGUGUCAUCUACAGUAACACCAAGCGCUACUGUCACAUUUACAGCUGAUGUAGGAGUUUCCGCCACAGUAAGCUUUGAUAUGACAUUCGAAACACAGGACAAUGAACUAUUAGUGUUCACAGAUGACCUCAAUGACCCAACUUCCGCUCGCUUCAUUGAGCUGCAGACCUUCUUCUGUAGAGCGAUGGUAGCAAUAAUCCGCACGCGAUUGCCCUCCGAUGUGGGGGAUUCCUUCGUCUUCGUUUGCGUGGUGAAUCGGUUCCGGUCGGGAAGUGUGAUUGCAAAUGGCGAUGUAGAGAUGGAGGCUCCAGCUGGAGCCAUCACCCCGGCCCAGGUUGAGGACGUGACGUCACUAGAUAACAUCACCGCUCCAAAGGAAAUCUUAGUAGACGGUGUCCUGUUUGGAAUAGCCUCCCUGAACUCAAACGUCAGUAUGCUGACUGCAACGGAAGCUCCAACAGCAGUGGCAACAGCGCCCUCUGCCAAAUAUUCGUCUAUAUCAACAGGAGCGAUUGUGGGUAUUGUUCUUGGGUGCCUGGCUUUCAUCAUGAUCGUUCUCAUCGUCUUCUGUUUCUGCUUCAUAGCCAACAUAAGACACCAUCAAAAGAAUAAGAUGCUUAUGGCUGGUCCCCAUCAUCCCGACCUUAACUACCACGAUGCGAGCCUGAAUUUCCUGGACGAGGACGAUCUCCAUCCUGAUGACCUGUCCAGUGGCUCUUCCUUAGAAGAUAGAAGAUUCGUCGUCGGCCAGGCCUUAAGAAACAUGGGACAACCAAGAUACCCAAUGUCAGAGUAUUCUCAGGAGGGGUCGCAAAACUUCGGCGCAGAGAAUUACAUGACACCGUAUGUAGUGGAUGGCAUGGAUGGGGAAAUCGUCGAAAGGAACCCACUUCAUGUGUCCCACAUGUAAUCUUUGACUUUUGAUCUAUACCGGAGGGUAACGCUGCGAAUUCGAAAUCUACCAUACAUCGAGGAAAAAGUGUAUUUAUUUUUUUAUUUUUAUAUAUAUGAAAAGCAAUGCCAGCUAUGUUCAUCUGGACUUAUUUAUUGAUUCGCUGCACUACUUUAAUGCGAAUGAGAACAAGAGAUAUCUCAGAGUUUAUAAGGUUGAAUGUAAGUUCUUUAAUCUUCAUAUACGUAUAAAGAAGAAAUGGGAAUAAUGUUAUUUAACGUAAAACAGUACUAGUAUGUUGUAUUUAUUAGUAAAACUUCAUCCAUAUGGUACAUGAAUAUUAUUGUUGUACAAAACAUUAGUAUAAUAAUAACGAUGAAAAGAAAACGUGUGAAAAAAAGCAUGGAAAUAAUGUGAUUAAUUAAAGAAGUAUAUGCAUAUGCUGCAUAUGAUGUAAACUUUAAGAAGACGGCUAACUGUAAUUCAUAAUAAUUCAUUUAUGUUAACCUUUUACUUACUUUAGUUCUACACAGCUUAUAGCAAAUCAUAAUUAUAUGGGUCAAUCUGGACCCCGUUUUAUAAAAAGUAGAUAUUAACUGCAACUAUGUACAUAUGAGAUAGGGGAGUGCAAACUAGUGCGAUUGAUUAGAGGACUUGCGACUGAUUUGGAUCAAUCUCAACUCUUUAUAAGAGUGGUUCCUGAGAGUAAAUAUUGGUAUUUUACACAUUUUUGGGGAAAAUAAUUAAGGUAUGACAAUGAAUGAGAAUCAUAUUUUUGUAUCAAUGACAGCUCAUAAAAAUGUGACAUAUUAAAUUUUAUAUCUAAAGGUAUUCAACAAAGGUCGCAAUUCAAUUAGUGCUCCUUUCGUUCUUCAGUUACAAAUUACACAAAAGACAUCCAAUUUCUAAGCAUUCAAAGGCUUAUGCCUAACUUAGUUGUCAACUAUAUUAACCAUAUUAGCAACUACAUUAAUCACAUCCCUUGAAAAUUUGAUAUCUUUUUUGUGUUUUUCAUAACUCAUGAACAAAAGGAGCACUGAUUGAAUUUCGUCCUUUGUUGAAUAAUUUUAGAUAUUUGUGUGCCGGUGUAUAUACUGUUGCCCUGUAGAGAUUCGUAUUCAUGUAUUUAGGGCAUUAUGCCAUUAAGAAGCUGAAAUAAAUCAAAGCCUUACCUAUAAUGAUAAUUUAUGUUUCCAAUAUUUUUGGAGAACUUUAAAUGCAAUAUGUGAUAGUAGUAGUAGUAGACUUUAUUUGAUAACUUGUUCAGCACAUGGUCAAUCUGCCACACGGUCUAUUUUUAUAAAUCGUAAACAAAAUAUUGUCAGAUACAAACUGUAACAAAGUAAAAACGUGAAAAUACAUGCAAAAGAGGACCAUUAUACCUCUUCACACACCAUUGAAUACUUGCAUAAAGGGGAACAGAAAAAUGAAAAACAAAACAAAAGAGAUAGCCUACGAUUAUCAAUAUUAAUUGGAUUUUUUUAAAUAUUUGUUUCUUCUAUCUAACAUAUCGAAUUCGCAAAGCAAUAACUGAGAUGCGUCUUUAAAUAACGCAAGAUUGGAGUAUCUACGUUGUCGUAAUGUUGCGUGUGUUUAUAUUAUUAUAAUAAUCAUAUUGUACAAACACUUCAUGUUGAGAAUAAUCAAGAUGGGAAUACUUUGAGAAAUACUUUAUCAAAACAAUUUUUUGGACAGCAACUCAAGUUUUACCCAUGGAAUAGAUGUAACAUGGUGGUAUUUGAUUUAUAGAUUUUUACACGGAAGAAAUGAGCCUAUUUCAAUACAUUUCAAUACAUACUUUUGAUAUUUGUAUACAUAGUGUUGAAGAGUACUUUUGUAAUUAGAUUCAUCAAGCUUAUUUAUUAUAUAUUAUAUUUGUAACUAUGCAAGUAAGGAUUAGUUUGGUGAAAUAAAAACACGAUAUAGAUAUAUUUUA